AAAUCUGCGUAACAAAAAUAAUGUUAUUAACACCACACAGGACUCACUGUUGCGUAAUAAUCUCCCAUAUUAAAUGUUCAUUAAACCCCAAAAAAUAACCUUUGAUUCCGGAACGCAUUAACAGCGAUUAUGGAGGCGUUUAUUUUAAAUUAGUGGCAGCUUAUUUAAGCCCAACCCAUUUACAUUUUUCCGUUUAGUUUGACACAAUGUUUAUUCGCGUUGCAAUUCUCAUUUUAGUUUUUCCGCAGCUGCAACUGGGACUGGCCAAGAAUAAUUAUGACAUUAUUCUACAAAAUCUGGUCUGCCGACCGGUGAGCAAACUAAACUUUUUGAAUUGCCAACUUCAUCGACAACGGAAUCCCGUGGCAUCAGCCCAAUUUAGUUUAAAUGAAACUAUCCACCAGUUUGAAAUGCGCACUACUUUUGACUUGCUGAAAAAGGAUAAGAGCCGCAUGAAUGUGGCCGAUCUAAAGAUGGAUGGUUGCAAGUAUUUGGAGGCCAAGCACUAUAACAAUUUCCUUGACCGAUUGCUCAAGAGGUUUAGGUCUGUGAGUAAUAUACCCAAGCAUUGUCCUGUGCUGCAGGGAAAACUGUACGAGAUCCGCAACUAUACAUUUAAUUUGGACGAAUUCCCGCCAGGAGUUCCGCAAUCGAAAUGGCAAAUCCGCCUCAAACUCCUCACGCGAUCCCAACUGGCUGCGGACAUACUGUUCGAGGGCACUGUGGUCUAUAAUACGUGAUGUUAAUGCAUAAUGGAUGCGACUAAAUACGAAUUCUCUCCAUAACCAUAACCCGCUCGCCGUUCAUCUCUUUUUGUAUAUAAUCAUAAUAAUACACGGAAAAAGCCGGUUGGGGGUCUCUUUUAAUUUAUAUGAAUUGUAUUUUAUAUAUAUAUUUAUAU